CACCGGCGGGAGCCGAGGAAUUGGCGCUUGCGCAAAUGUGUCUCCUGUAAAAAGAGGGAGACGGUUGCCUGUUGGUUGUUGUAGUAACAGGGGAAGCGCUUGAGCCGAGGAAUCGCGACUGCCGGGCCCCUAAGAGGAUGAAGCAGCAGAAUAUAGUACUGGUUAGAUUUUCUGAUUCUACAGUGAAAAUAUUAAGGGUUCGUUGUUUCUGGGCUGUGUGAAAACAUACACAGGAUAUGCCAGUUGGAAUGGCUCGGGAUUUGGAAGAAUCGGAUUCAUCUUCUGAGGAAGAGGAAGAAAUGGAAGGGCCAGAGGAGCACCCAUGUAUCAUGUGGACAGGUGGAUUCAGGAGGAUUCCAAUCAUGGUAUUUCAUGCUGAAGCUAUUCUAACCAAGGACAGUUACAUCCGCUUGAUUGGGGAGCGCUAUCACUUGUCUUUUAAAAUUGUGAGAACGGACAGUCGUUUGGUGCGUAGCAUUCUGUCAGCUCAUGGAUUUCGGGAGGUGCAUCCCAGCAGUAAUGAAUAUAAUCUUAUGUGGACAGGGUCACAUUUAAAACCUUACGUUCUGCGAACUCUCACAGAUAUUCAAAAAGUGAAUCACUUUCCCAGGUCAUAUGAAUUAACUCGGAAAGAUAGACUAUAUAAGAACAUUAAUCGAAUGCAACAGAUUUAUGGAUUCAAGACCUUCCAUAUUUUGCCUCAGACCUUCAUCCUUCCAGCUGAAUAUCAGGAGUUUUGCACUUCCUAUUCAAAGGACAGGGGACCUUGGAUAGUAAAACCAGUGGCUUCUUCUAGGGGACGGGGUGUCUAUUUGAUCAAUAAUCCAAAUCAAAUUUCCCUUGAAGAAAACAUCCUGGUUUCCCGUUACAUCAACAACCCACUUCUCAUAGAUGACUUCAAAUUUGAUGUGCGGCUUUAUGUUUUGGUGACAUCCUAUGAUCCCCUUGUCAUCUAUCUCUAUGAGGAAGGUUUGGCCCGGUUUGCAACUGUGAGAUAUGACCAGGGAUCAAAGAAUAUUAAAAACCAAUUCAUGCAUCUUACAAAUUAUAGUGUCAACAAGAAGAGUGGUGACUAUGUCAGUUGUGAUGAUCCUGAAGUAGAGGACUAUGGAAAUAAAUGGAGUAUGAGUGCAAUGCUGAGAUACCUGAAACAAGAAGGAAAAGAUACCACUGCUUUGAUGGCCAGCGUGGAGGAACUGAUAAUUAAGACAGUAAUUUCAGCUGAAUUGGCUAUUGCAGCAGCCUGUAAAGCCUUCAUCCCACACCGUGGUGUUUGCUUUGAGCUUUAUGGUUUUGAUGUUCUCAUUGAUUCUACUCUGAAGCCUUGGCUGCUAGAGGUGAAUCUGUCCCCUUCCCUGGCCUGUGAUGCUCCUUUGGAUCUGAAAAUUAAAGCUAGCAUGCUUUCAGAUAUGUUCACACUUGUAGGCUUUGUUUGUCAGGAUCCAGGUCAGCGGCUAAAUCGGACAUCUUAUUAUUCUUCUGAGACAAGGAAAAAUCCAUACCAAAAAACUCAACGCCCUGUCUCUGCACAGUCUCGAUCAUCAAAUGCCAAAUUGCGUUCCCGACCCCUCUCUGCCAGCGAUGCUGAGAUGAAAAACCUUAUUCCCUCUGCAAAAGAGAAAGUUGCAGGAAGGCAUGUUGGCUCCAUGCUGGGCCUCUCUAUGGAAGAGAUAAAAGUGUUGCGCCGAGUGAAGGAUGAAUAUGAUAGAAGAGGCGGGUUCAUUCGUAUAUUCCCUACACCAUUAACUUGGGAUAUUUAUGGGCCUUUUCUGGAACACAAGACAACAAUGAACUAUAUGCUGGCUACUCGUCUUUUCCAAGAAAGAGGGAGUUCAAGGAAAGGACCAGUUCCUAGACGAGCUCGUUUAGCUCUUGCUGCUGAACUGGGUCUGGACAUAGUGGAUUGUAAUGCUCAGCUUCAUGCUGCUUUGUAUGAGCGGAAACUAUUAUCACUAGAAGUUCGAAAACAAAGGCGACGUUUUGGCAAACUGAGACCAGGAAGAUUAUCAAGAUUGUCAGGUACAUCACAAUCAGCUGAUUUUAUCCUCAAGUCAGAAACAGAAUGUGAAGAAGAGGAGGAAAUAGAAGAUGAAGAACUAGAAAUAUGCCAAGGUGAAACAGUCGGCUCUCUCAGAAAUACGCCCGUGAAAUUUAAGCCACAGUUGACAGAGAUGGUGAAGCCCCCCCACCAAGUCAAAGUACCAAAGGAACCUGAAGAAAAGGCUGUAAAUGAAGGGCCUCGUCCUCCUCCUCCUCCUCAAGAGAAACUGGAACCAGUGCCAAAAAAUGCUGAUCCUCCAUUUAAUUUGCUACAGAUUCUGCAAGAGAACAGGAAUCUAAGCAAAGUUCAGGCUCGCAGAGCUUUCUCUGCUUACCUGCAGCGUGUCCAGCUGCGUCUGAUGAAAGAGGCUGGUGAUGAGGUCCACAACCCAGUCUGGGCUGCCAAGGAAGAUGAGCAGAUGGAACUGGUGGUUCGUUUUUUGAAGCGAGCAGCUAGUAAUCUUCAGCAGUCGUUGAGGAUGCUACUUCCAAGUCGGCGCCUGGCUCUCUAUGAUCGUAGGCGCAUCUUAGCUCACCAGCUGGGUGAAUUCAUCGUCUGCUAUAACAGGGAAACAGAUCAAAUGUCUCAGAAAAAGGCAAUGAAGAAACAGGAGGAAGAAGAAGAAGAGGGGGUAGAUGAAGAAGGCUUUCACAAGUUUAUAACUAAGGCAAGUGAAAGUGAUCUUGAGGAGGUACUGACUUUUUACACACAUAAGAAUAAAUCAGCAAGUGUCUUCCUGGGAACAAAUCCUGGAGCCACAAAGCAUAAUAAUAGCCAAUUGGAAAACAGGAACAAAGGCAAUCACUCAGAAAAGAUGGGGAAAAAUGAAAAAAAGCAAUCCCAACUUCCAGUGGAGAAAGAAAAUGUGGUAGAGCAGCCAAGAGUUGAGCAACCCAAAGGAACUAGUUUACCCAGUGUCCCUUCUUCAAUGGAAGAUGGAGAGAAUACACCACAGUUCAGCGUUCUUAGCACUUCUUCCUUUACUCAUGGUACCACACUCCCACAAAGCAUCAGUAUGCCAUUGUCCUCGCAACCUGCUGCCUGUGAGAAUGUACAGUUGCCUGAUUAUCACUCGACCCCUUCCCUUUCGUCAGGUUCUAGAGCAACACUUCCCCCUUCUUCUCCAAACGCAGCACCUGACAACUUGUCUAAUACAGGAAAAAACGUGUCCCGCCCAUCCUCAAACAGUACAAGCUUACACCGCUGUCGGUCUGGCAGUUACACUGUCAGCCCCUUCUCUUCCUUUCAGACUGCCAUGCAAAUCUACAGCCAGAGACUGACCCGACCUUCCUCAGCAAAAGCAGCAGGAUCAAGAAGUCACAGCCCAAGCAGACAGCGUGGUGUAUCUGCCAGAAUGAACAAGGAUGCAGAAGACAAUAAGCGUUGUAGUCAUGAUAUUGCAGCAGAACUUCAGAGGUUGGCAGAGAAGCAGGCAGCUAGACAGUACUCCCCACCCAGUCACAUCAGCCUUCUUACACAACAGCUGACAAAUUUAAACAUGAUAAAUGGAGCCGUUAAUAAAGUAAAUACGACUGCUUCCAGUUAUCGGCCACCACUCAAUCCGGGAGGUUCAUUUUGGGCUUUUCAAACACACAGCAGCACUCCUGAUACCAGGCCUGCAUCUUUAACACUGAGGACACUGCACUCUGACAGUUUUGCCUGGGAAGGGGAUACAGAGAACAGCAUACAUAGUAAGUUGAUAGGAAGCCAAGCAGUGCAUCCCAAGACCCCACCAAGCCUCGGCAGCUAUCAGCUCCAUUUUGCCUUGCAGCAGCUCCAACAACAGAAGCUUCAGUCACGGCAACUUUUGGACCACAGCCGAGCACGGCAUCAGGCUUUGUUUGCCAGCUUCCCAACAUCGAAUAUCAGUUCUGCAUCCAGUCUCAGUUCUACGGCCUUGUCAUCUAAUUCUUGUAGUCGCAGAGCAUCAAGUUCCAUUUCUGAAGUCCAGAAUGCAUCUAGUCUGCACAAAGUGAUGUCGUCCCAGAGUGCAUCUUCACAUUUGGUCCCUAAGCCCCCAGUCAAUAUCAGGAAAGUAGCAUCUCAGAGAAUAUCCAACAUAACCUCUACAGAAAGGCAGCUGAAUGGAUUCCAGAAUAGCCUUAACAGCGCUGCAUCCUGUGAGCCACUUGCAAACUCCACAGCUCCUGUUUGUGAUUAUUUUUUGAAGAAGGAUUCUUCCUAAAUAAUGAACAAACAAUCAGUUCAGUGCUUCAGCAUGCAAGGAGGAGAUGAAGCAGGAAUGACUGUUCAUCAUUCCACGUUCCUGGCUACACCCAGAUUGAUAACAAGAUUUGUCUCAGACACCAGAAUUCUCCCUUAGGAGAGAAAAACAGCCGAAUGUUUGUGGAAAUAGCGUUCAAGCUCUGACAUGAGGCUUCUACUCCGCGGAGCUUUUGCUGCCAAGUCUCAGGGUUUCCUUUGUGUUCUAUAUCACCUCUUCUACCAGAUAGCCUUUAAAUUUUGGUUAUGGCUCCUAAGAUAGAAGUUCUGAAUUGUGUCUAUAUUACGUAUAUCGGGCCCAGAUUUCUCUUUCCAGUUAGACAUUUUAGCUUCCCCUGAGCAUGAUGAAGUUUCUCUACUAGAUGGUGGACACAGUUCACACUACAUGACUACAGUUAACGCAUGUGAUUAAAAUGAUGACUGAUUAUAGACACUUGUGUUGGAUGCUCUCAAUGUUGGCAAGAAGCCAUAAAAAUUCUCAGUCUGUGAAUAAAGUCAAUCAUUUUGUUUGUUUAACUUAUAAUUUAUUCUCCAUAAUUAGUUGACAAUUUAUUCUAGUUUUUUUUUCUUGCAUUAUGUUUUUCCUCACAUUUAUUUACAUUUCAUAAGUUGAUAUUCUUAAAACUUGUGUUUCCAAGACUUGGCCCUUUCAUAGAAAUUGUCACUUCAGAUGACGAAUGUGAACAAAUGUGCUUCAUUCAUUUAUCAGUCACUUCAUGGAAUACUCCAAAUGCUUUUCAUUUAUUUAUCAGUAAUUCAACUUUUGAAAGAUUUGUAAAGGAGAGAAAUCUAUCACUGCAAUUUGAUCUUUUUCUGUAUUCAGUUCUUUUGCUUAUAAGAAGUAUGUUCUAUGUAUGUCAUACGUUUUAAGUUGGUAUCUCAGGACUUGUGUAUGGCAGGUGGCCAGAGUUAAUAUAGUGGAGGAGUAACAAAGCCUACAGUGAAUAAGGCAGUGAUGGAAAAUAGGUAGAGGUACCUCAUGCAUGCUCGCAGGACUGUUUUCAAGGUUUUUCUUUUUUAUGGGGGAAAGUUGUUUUGGUUUUUAACUCUGUGCCUAUUUCUCCACUUGGUGUAGCUUUAUUUGUUUUUGUUUUUAUUUUCAUCAAGAUAACUUUCUAGCUUCAUUUCUGAGGUUUACUUGUGGAUCUUUGCAUAUUUCAGCUGCUCUAUCUUAUUAAGGAGUUGUCCUGUUUAUUUUGAAGUUCACAUAGAAAGUUAUGGUUUUUGAUCCACAUAUAUGGAUUUUUUUCAUGUUUAGUGGACAAGUUAAGUAAUUCAACUUUAAUGCUGGUUAAAUAGCAAAUGUCUUCUUAAGAGUUUGAGUCCUACUGAAUACCAUUCCCCACCCCACCCCGAUUUUGCUUCAAGGCUUUUAAAUAAAACGAUUCCCAUUGUGGUCCAGGUACUCUCACAUCUAGGAAAAAAUGAACUAGGGAAUUUAAAAUCAGAAUUUCAAACUCUCGUGUUAUUUGAGUGACACUGAAUACAUGUGUCACACUGACAUUUCAUAAGAACCAAGAAGUUGAAUGAAUUUGGAACCUUUGCACUGAAAGGGGAAAGGGGGUUUAUAGACAAAUACUAAUAAGAUAUUUGAGAUGAAAAGGUCAUUGCCUUUAGUGUUUGUUUUUCCAAGUACUCUUGACUAAAAAUCAUUUUCUUGAUAUAUCCUUGCUAAAUCUAAAAAUCAAGACCAGCUUGUUAGAUGCCACCCAGGAAAAAUCCUUAAAUUCCCCUGAUAUGCCCUAAAGUAGCUGUGACUCUGUGAUCCUUGUCAUCUGAUCCAGAAUUGAACUUUCAUGAUUUUAAGGCAAUUCUAUGAAUAUGUACUACAUUUCAUGCCAAACAUCAUCUCAGUGUUUCAGAUUGUUUUUAAUUUUGUCCUACUCCUGUCCAUACACAGGAAUAAUGGAAGCUGAACAUCAGAACAGUUUCAAAUGUUUACCUGCUCAGAAUUGUCAGCAUAAGACUAAGUCUUUGUCUUAUCUAUAAAAUGCAUUCUAGAAUAUAAGGUAGAAUCUCUUCACAUCUCAGUAAUUAUAUCAUUCUAUUGCAUUAUCUUAGAAGGCAUUAAAUAAGAUGCCACAGGAGGAAAAUAAAGUGCAUCUUUUGUAGGGUGUGGCAGUAGGGUGUGGCAAUCUUUCAGCAAUUUUCUUCAGCUUGUCCUCUUUCUUUACUGUGAUCAAAAUUGUUAAUAUAUGUUUUAGAGGUAUUCUGUACUGGAGAUGUUGUGUGUUGCAGAAAGGGAAAGGUAUGAUAGGAAAAGGUAUAAAUGAGAUGUUUUGUUCUUUAUUGUAAAGGUAGUUCUAUAAUUAAAUCUAAAACUUUUUUUGAAGACUGCAGGGUUGAUAUUCAAAUGUGCUGUUACAUAAGAGGCUAACAGUUAAGCAAGGAAAUGAAAUUAAUCCUAGGCAGAAAUGGCAUUUGGAAAUCCAAAUCUAGCUCAGUUUUCAAAAGAAUAAUAUCUCUUGCUGAAAUUGCAUCCACCUGUAUUUAUUUGUAAGGAGCAUCAAAAGCAAUUGUAGAGCAGAAAAAGAUUCCAGAUGAUUAAAUUUAUAUGUUGUGAUUUAUUUAUAAAUAUUUCACUUCAAAAUUAUAUAGAUUAUUGCAGAAAUCAAGAGAUGUCUCUUGUCCACAAGUUAAAACACAGUAAAGUAUGUCCUUGGGACAGUUACUUGCCUCACUUUUAACUUGUUAUAUAUCAAGGAGAUCUUAAGAGAAAAAAUAGAAGGCUAAAAGCUAAAGCAAUGAGUGGGAAGUAUCCUCUUAUCUGAAUUUGAGUUUUCCUGCCACAGGCUCUUAGCCAAAGAGUUGAUAUGAUAGAUUGAUACCACCGCAGCUGCUGUAUCUGGAAUUUUUCAUGUUUCAUAAAAAUGUUUAUUAGCAAUUAGAACAGCAUGAUAGAAAAUGAACAAUAAUAAGGUUGUGCUAGAGAGAGGCCUAGCUAGGGUUUAAUAGAAACAAAGAAGAGCACUAUGCAAUUCAAUAUCACAUUUGAACUGGCAAACUCCAAUAGCCCACUUGUCUUGAUUGCAGCAAAAAAAAAAAAAAGUGC